AUGGCAACCAACGGGGAUUCCAAUGGCCACCCUACUGGCACUGGCCAAGAGAAAAUCAACACCGACAUCAUUACCCUCACAAGAUUCUUGACCGAAGAACAAACAAAACACAAGGAAGCUACCGGUGAUUUCACACUGCUAUGCCAUGCUCUCCAAUUCUCUUUCAAAUCCAUUUCCUACUAUAUCAGACGAGCCACUCUGAUCAACUUGACUGGUCUGGCCGGCUCAUCAAACACCACCGGGGACGACCAGAAGAAACUUGACGUGAUUGGAAAUGAGUUAUUCGUUGCAGCUAUGAGAGGAUCUGGCAAAUGCCGAGCCCUGGUCUCAGAAGAGGAGGAUGAAGUCAUAUACUUUGACGAAAGCCCCAAUGCUAGAUAUAUUGUCAUGUGCGAUCCUAUCGAUGGCUCAAGCAAUCUCGAUGCGGGCGUCAGCGUCGGCACCAUUUUUGGUAUUAUGAAAUUGCCGGACAGUGUUAUUGGGCACAAACCCAUGCCACAAGAUUUACUUAUGCCCGGAACUGAAUUGCUUGCUGCUGGAUUUACCAUGUACGGCGCUUCCGCCCAACUGGUCAUUACCAUGAAAGGCGGCACAGUCAAUGGCUUCACCUUGGACAACGCUUUCGGAGAAUUCAUCCUCACACACCCGAACAUGCGCAUCCCCAAGAAACGAGCCAUCUACAGCGUUAAUGAAGGCAACUCCUUGUACUGGUCCGACAAGACAAAAGCUUAUUUCGAAUCCCUCAAGUUCCCAGCCAAAGAAGGCGGCAAGCCCUACUCAUCCCGUUACAUUGGGUCCAUGGUCGCUGACGCCUAUCGCACUUUGUUGUAUGGAGGUAUCUUUGCGUAUCCGGCCGACAAGAAGUCACCCAAGGGCAAGCUGAGGGUCCUGUACGAGUGCGCGCCCAUGGCGAUGGUCAUGGAGAACGCAGGCGGAAUGGCGGUGAAUAGUAAGAUGGAGCGUAUGUUGGCGGUCGUGCCGGAAAGUAUUCACGACAGAUCGGGGAUCUUUAUGGGUAGCCAGGAGGAGAUAGAGAAGGUUAUUGAGGCGCAUAAAUAA